CCGCCGCCGCCGCUGCCACGGCUCCCACAAUGCUCGCGUAGCCCCACUUCGGCUCCCGUGGCGGCGGCGGCUCCAAGAUGGCGCAGACGAUCUUCGAAGCCCUGGAGGGAAUGGACAAUCAGACUGUCCUGGCAGUGCAGUCGUUAUUGGAUGGCCAAGGAGCAGUCCCUGAUCCAACAGGCCAGAGUGUCAAUGCCCCCUCUGCUAUCCAGCCACUGGAUGACGAGGAUGUCUUUCUCUGCGGAAAGUGUAAGAAGCAGUUCAACUCGCUGCCGGCGUUUAUGACCCACAAGCGGGAACAGUGUCAAGGGAAUGCCCCGCCCCUGGCCACAGUCUCACUGGCCACCAACAGCAUCUAUACGCCUUCGGCAGCACCCACAGCCGUCCAACAGGCUCCGCCUCCUGCGAAUCGCCAGAUCUCCACAUACAUCACAGUGCCCCCGUCCCCGCUGAUCCAGACCUUGGUGCAAGGGAACAUCUUGGUGAGCGAUGACGUGCUCAUGUCUGCCAUGUCGGCCUUCACGUCCCUGGACCAACCCAUGCCCCAGGGCCCCCCACCUGUGCAGGGCAGUUUGAACAUGCAUUCUGCGCCCAGCUACCUCACCCAGGCUCCGCCCCCCCCUCCACCUCCUCCACCACUGCCCCCACCCCAACCCCCCCAACCCCCACCCCCUCCACCCCAGAGCCUGGGCCCCCCCGGGCGUCCCAACCCUGGCGGCAAUGGCGUGGUGGAGGUGUACAGUGCCACGGCACCCCUGCCUGGAAGUGGAACGGUGGAGAUCCAGGCCCUGGGAAUGCAGCCCUACCCACCCCUGGAGGUGCCAAACCAGUGUGUGGAGGCUCCAGUAUACCCCACCCCACCGGUAUAUAGCCCUGGCAAACAGGGAUUCAAACCAAAAGGACCAAACCCUGCUGACUCCAUGACCAGUGCCACUGGGGGCACAGUAGCCACCUUUGACUCCCCACCAACGCUGAAGACCCGACGGGCCAAAGGUGCCAGUGGACUCCCAGAAGCUGCAGGGAAGCCAAAGGCUCAGAAACUCAAGUGCUCCUACUGUGAUAAGUCAUUCACCAAAAACUUCGACCUACAGCAGCACAUCCGAAGCCACACUGGUGAGAAGCCCUUCCAGUGCAUUGCAUGUGGCCGUGCCUUUGCCCAGAAAUCUAAUGUCAAGAAGCACAUGCAGACUCACAAGGUAUGGCCUCCAGGACGCAGUGGUAGUACCGUCUCUCGCAACUCUGUGACCGUACAGGUCAUGGCCCUGAACCCCAGCAGGCAGGAGGACGAGGAAAGCACGGGGUUGAGCCAGACCCUGUCGAGCGCCCCACAGCCCCAAGCCUUGCCCACAACAGGCGAGGAUGAGGGGGAGAAGCUGGAGGCCAAGCAGGUGGUCCUCAUCGAUAGCUCCUACCUGUGCCAGUUCUGCCCCAGCAAGUUCAGCACCUAUUUCCAGCUCAAGUCCCACAUGACUCAGCAUAAGAACGAGCAGGUGUACAAGUGUGUGGUCAAAAGCUGCGCCCAGACAUUCCCGAAGCUCGACACGUUUCUGGAGCACAUCAAAAGCCACCAGGAGGAGCUGAGCUACCGCUGCCACCUCUGUGGCAAGGACUUUCCUUCAUUGUAUGACCUGGGUGUACACCAGUACUCCCACAGCCUCCUGCCACAGCACAGCCCCAAGAAGGAUAACGCGGUCUACAAAUGUGUCAAAUGUGUCAACAAAUAUUCUACCCCCGAGGCCCUGGAGCACCACUUGCAGACCGCCACUCACAACUUCCCCUGUCCGCACUGUCAAAAGGUGUUUCCUUGUGAACGCUACCUGCGGCGUCACCUGCCCACACAUGGCAGUGGGGGCAGGUUCAAGUGCCAGGUGUGCAAGAAAUUCUUCCGGCGGGAGCACUACCUCAAACUGCAUGCUCACAUCCACUCAGGCGAGAAGCCCUACAAAUGUUCAGUGUGUGAGUCCGCAUUCAACCGCAAGGACAAACUGAAGAGACACAUGUUGAUCCAUGAGCCAUUCAAGAAAUACAAAUGCCCCUUCUCGACACACACAGGUUGCAGUAAGGAGUUCAACCGGCCGGAUAAGCUGAAGGCUCAUAUCCUUUCCCAUUCUGGCAUGAAGCUUCACAAGUGUGCCCUGUGCAGCAAGUCCUUCAGCCGCCGUGCCCACCUCGCCGAGCACCAGCGCGCCCACACGGGCAACUACAAGUUCCGCUGUGCUGGCUGUGCCAAGGGCUUUUCUCGUCACAAGUAUCUCAAGGAUCACCGCUGCCGCCUCGGCCCCCAAAAGGACAAGGACCUGCAAGGCCGGCGGCCCCCCCGGAGGAGAGCAGCUCCCCGCAGUGGCUCUAGUGGUGGACGCAAAGUGGUGACCCCACUGCCUGACCCACUGGGGCUAGAGGAGCUGAAAGACACAGGGGCUGGGCCAGUGCCCGAGGCCGUCCCAGGCAGGCCACCCUUCUCGGAGCCAGAUGCCGUGCUAUCCAUUGUAGUGGGUGGCACAGUGGGUGGUGAACCUGAGCUGGUAGUGCCUGGGCAUGCUGAGGGACUGGGCUCCAACCUGGCACUGGCAGAGCUGCAGGCAGGGGCUGACGGUCCAUGUGCCAUGCUUGCUGUUCCCGUCUACAUUCAGGCCUCGGAGUGAUGGACACGUGGUGUUUGCUCCCACGGCCCAGCCUGAUGAGCGCCUUUGGGUCCAGGGCCUCUGGGGGCAGACUAGAGAUCCUUCCCAAUGGAAGGAGCUUCAGCAGAAAUCCUUCUGGAAUGUCAUUUAUAAACCCUGGCCCAUGACCACCUUGCCGUGUCCCCUAUCCUUCUGGAAAGCCCUGUAGCAUUCUGGGACCUGGGGCAGGGCUUACUGUGGCUUCUAGGCAGGGGCAAUAGGAAGAGAGGUGGCCGAGCCUGAGCAGCCCAGGGUCUGGCUGGUCCAGGCUAGUGGUUGGGCCGCCUAGGAGAGAAGACAGAGUGGCCCUGCCCAUCCCCUCCGGGCUGCCCUAGAGGUGGCCUGCAGUCAAGCUGCUCCUCGGGCAGCCCGACAUGGUCAGAGCCCUCAUCUGCCGGACCUUUUCAUAAAUGCCUCACAGCACCCCCAGAUGCCUCUGGGAUGUAGGCAUUUAGGAGACACUCGAGUGUUCUGGUUAGAGUGCAGCUAUCAGCCAGAUCCAGCUUCAAAUCCAAGCGCUGCCAGUCACUCGCUGUGGGACUUUGUUGGGUAAGUCCCUUCACCUCUUUGAGCCCCAUGUUCCUCAUCUGUACAAGGAGGCUUAUGACAGAACUACCUCAUAGGGCUGUCAUGGGGAUCUGGUAUGAUGAAAUAUGCAAAGGCUUUGGCGUAGCGCCCCACACUUGGAAAGUGCUCAAUAAAUGUUUUUAUCAAAA